CUUCGUCACCAGUAACUGGCCGAACUUCGUGGGGGAUGCACGUCUGUUAUUCCUUCUCAAUGUUAUCAAAAUACAUUAAAUAGUUAUUACAAAAACGUUUAUUCAAAUAUCUUGUGCGACGGAACCGAUUUGUGUUAUCUAGUAUACGGUGCAAAGAAUUUUUUUCAAAGUGUAACUUAAACCUUGUAAGGAUUCAGUGUUUCUACUACUACAAAUCUUAUCACCAGUCCGACAUCAAGCCAUUAUCGUUAUUGAUAACAGAAACACGGGAAGAUUACUGGUGUUUAGAUAAAUACGAACAUCUCAAGUCAAUACGGAGAAAAUAUAAAAUAAAGGAGUCUUGAUCUUAAAUUUAGUCAAUCGAUAGCAUUCGACUCGAGCUGUUACAUCACUAAUUCCAAAUUUGAAAUUGCCGAAGCGCGCUUUACACGCCGCGUUUUUCGUGUGCUUUAUUUAGUGUACGUGGAGUGGACUUUUAGUAAAUUAAUUAAAAAUGGCCAGUACUGGCAGCGAGAUUUGGCUGCAAUGGUUCGCUUGCUGCUACCAGCCGGCCGCGCAGGCGCAGCGCACGCGGCGGAGGAUAGACAGAUCUAUGAUUGGUGCACCAACGAAUUUUCAGCACACAGGACAUAUAGGUUCGUCAGACCGGUUCGUUGACAUGCCCUCGUCUCUGCUGCACUCCAUCCAGAAUCAGAUGCAGAGCAAGGGUGGCUACGAGGUCGCAUACGGAGUCAAGGUUUACUGAUCCCCGGGAGGUGAAACGGACGCUAGUGAUGGGACUAAGUGAACAGUGUUGCUAUGAUCUACGUUAUUUUAUUUAUUAAGAUCGUGUACAUAUAGGAGAUUUGAUGAAAUUUUGAGCGAGUUACCUACUGAAAAUAAGUGAAUAAGAUUUGGUUUGACAAAUUAAAAAAAUAAAUAAUGUAAUCCUUCCAGUCUGUCAAUAAAGUGAAGAAAUUAAAUUAGGGCGCUAUCUCCGGUUGACUGUUAACACUAGGUACAUCAACCAAUCUUGACCUUUCUAUUUGGUAAUGGCAAAAAAAUGUAGUUAUUAAAAAAUCCGUUUUCUUUACUUUUUUUUGCAAUCUCUCUCUAUCGACAAUUUCGAUAGAGGCAUUACUAAUAUUGUAAGAAAUACAUGAAAAUUGACAGAAUGUUAAUUAAAUUGAAAAAAUAGUCAAUUACUUGUAAGUAUAUUAUUUUAGUUUUAUGGGUACAGUCAGCCAUAAAUUGAGCAAGUUGGUAACUAAGAUAUGAACCAAGAGGACAUACAUUUUUGCAGUUGACUAUACAUACCUAUAAAUCUUAGUAAUUUUACAACUUUUAAACGAUUUUUGAGUGUAGUAGGUUACUUUGUACUUAUAAAUUAACUAGCGACCCGCCCCGGCUUCACACGGGUGCAAUAAUUCAUGUCAUUUACAUAUAAACUUGUAUCACUCUGUUUAUUAAAAAACCCGCAUCAAAAUCAAUUGUGUGGAGAUAUAAGUAUACAUACAGACAGCGGGAAGCGACUUUGUUUUAUACUAUGUAAUUAUAGAUUUAAGUAAUUACUUAUAGGUACGUGUAUUCUAUACUCAAGCAAUGGAAAUUGAGCUUGUAAUACUUAAACUUACUUAUUUAUAAAGCACCCUUAAAACAGGGAAUCUAUUUCUUACUAACUUAAACAAUAAACUGUCCAUCCAAAUAGAAAUAAUUAAAGUAGAGAUCACGAGAUCUCUAGAGAAGAGCCCAUGACAGAAGUCCCGCAGACGCGGCGCUACUGUCGCUGACAACGACAACGUGGGAGCUCUUACUUAUAGUUCUACAUUGUCGUUUAAGUUUUGACAUUUUGAUGCCAUUGUUUUGUGUCUAUAUAAAAUUAUUAUUUUUCUGUCUAACCUACAAAGUUUCUACAAAUUAACUGAAAUAUGUGAAGAUUACUUUUAUGGCGCAAACUUUACCAUAAUUUUUUAGUAUUUACUCCUGUAUAUUCUAUGAUUGUUACUAAUAAAAUACAAGUAUUUUAUUAAGUCUAUUCAGAAUCCCAAAAAAAUAUUUUAAAGAAUUUAUUUGAAAUUCACACGAUUUUGCGGUUUUUCUUCACAUUAGGUAAUUACUAAAAUUUUGUGGUAUAUAGGUACUUCUGAUAUUGAUAAGUACUUAGGUAUAAUUCAUUUUGUGGUAUUUUGAAAUGAGCGAAGAGUGGUAGAUAAUUCUUCCACAGAUUAACAAAGCCUUCCUUAUAAAAUAUAGUUUAUACAGUUGAGCAUUUUAUCGUACCUACGUCAAUUUCCUGAUCAUCUUCAUUCAUAGGUAAAAUUCAGUGGAUCAUUAUUUAUAUCGCUGUCAUCGCAGCCUUCAAUUUAGGUUAACGUCUAGCCAUUUCAUUGACCGCCAUUCAAUCAAACGUACCUACCCAUAAAUUGUUUACGCUAAAUAACAACAUUUUGCAACUUCUACUAUCCUAGACAAUUUAUUAAGAAUUGGCUUCUUGUAUUCCGGUUUUAUUCUUUACUACCUAUGAAUGAACUAUGACGCCCCGAAGCACAAAAAAAUCCUUUAGAUUUGUUGACUUGUCUUAAUCAUUUUCCGUAAAUAAUUUAGAGAUUUCGUAAUAUUGUUAUUUUAAUAGUGGAUGUUAUAUUCUCAUGUAUACGUGUAAUUAAUUAGAUGUGUAAUUUAAUUUAUAAUAAUUUUCUAAUCAUUAUCUUUAUCAGUGUAUAAUUAUUUCCUUUGCGAAAGUGUUAUUGUUGGAAUGGUUGGAUAAGUAUAUAUCUUUUUUACCAGACACACCAGGUCUUCUUGCCCGAUUGGUUUGGGCAAAUGAAUGACGGGUUUAUAGAUAGGUACACUUUAUACUACACAGACUGAUAAGUACUAUGUAGGUGCUCUUUAAUGGUAUAUAUAAUAUGUAGAUACCAUAACCAAUUUAGUUUAACACGUAUUGUUCAUAUUAUGUCGUCGGCCGAACUUUGAAUUCGCCAAUGAACGAAUAAAGCAACAUGGUAUGUAGGUUGGUAACUGUUGGUAACAUCUAAAAUAAAUUUGGACUUCAAGUACAUGUGUGAACAAGUGUUAAAUAUUCAAAGAAAAAUAUAAUUUUGUCAUUUUCUAGCUAAAACGACAAAAUCUAAAAUAGAAAUCUAUAAAAUUAGAUAUGCCACUGAUUUAGGUAAUAUUGUAUUUACAUUUAGAUUUUAUUUACAACACUUAUUGAAUAUUGUAAAUAAUGAAAUUGUUCUCUAAGAAACGGUGAAAAAUGGAAAGAAAAAUGAAUUUUAAAAUGAAA